AUCUCUAAUGUUCCUGUCUUUAACGGCCACAAGGUUAAUGCUGCGGUUAAUGUCACUUUCCGUGCUAGCCCUGGCGAUAUUAUUAGCAUCGAGGCGGGAGCCAGGGAUUUCGCUAGCAUUGACACUGUCAUUGACGGAAGAGGCUGUACGCUUCUCCCAGCCUUUAUUGAUGCGAAUGUUGAUACUGCAGCAACGCAUACGGAUCUCCCUAUCUUUGCCUCUUAUGGUAUCGGCACAGUCUUUGACAUGAGCAGCACGAAAGCUGAUAUUCAGGCUAUGCGAGCUGAGUCUAUUGCCGAGGUUGGACUACCUACCUACCUAGCAUCAGGUCCCAUUGCUACUUCGCAGGCCACCGACGGAGCACAGAUACAUCCGGACCGUGAGACGGGAGUUGUUCAAGUCCCAGCGGGGGCUGAGACAUGGGUCACCUCUCUUCUGGACGGUCCGACCAAGUCUGACUAUAUCAAGGUGCUGGUUGAUCUACCUGGAAUCGAUGGCCCAACACUCAUUGCCCUUGUUCAUGCUGCACACCGGCACGGCAAGUUGGCCGUCGCACACUCCUUUCAAAAGGUUGGAUAUUCUCGGGCCUUACAGGCGGGUUUUGAUGUCAUCACACUUGUGCCUAUAGAUGGUUUCAUAGAAACCGAGGUAGCUGAGGGCCUCGCUGCGCGCAACAUAGCGUGCAUCCCGACCCUUUGCAUGGCGCGGGCUAUGGUACCCUUGCUUCACCGGGAGGCAAGCGACGGCGUGGAGGAUGUCAGCUUCGACUACGCGCUUGCCAACGUGAAAAAGCUCUAUGACGCUGGGGUGCGCAUCUGUGCUGGAACAGAAGCAAACCAGAUAUCCCAUGUGCCUAUACCAAUUGGGGAGAGCCUUCACGAGGAGAUGGAGUUGCUCGUACGCGCAGGGCUAUCGAACCUCGACGCACUCAGGGCAGCUACGAUUAUUCCGACGAUGGUGUUUGGUAUGGGAGAUCGCGGUGAGAUCUCGCUCGGGCGGAGAGCAGAUAUGGUAUUGGUGGAAGGGGAUCCGUUACAAGAUAUCACAGCUACGAGAAAGAUUCGGAAGGUAUGGAUCGGCGGUGUUGAGAUAGAC